GCUUCUCCUCGUCCCCAGCGUUUCGGGUUUCGUGCCCCCGCUCGGCGCCCGCCUAAUCGGCCGGCCUCCGUCCCCACGCGGGGCCCUCGGACAGGCCACCUGCACGAGGACGUGGGCCGACGCGCUGCGGCCUCUCCCGGGGAGGGAGGCGCGCUGGAGCCACCUUCGCGCGCGGUGCGGCGCCCCUUGGGUGGCAGCGCUGCCCGGAGCGCAGGCGGCGUGGGGGUUGUCUCAAGGGGGAAAGGGCGCGCAGCGCGCGCUCCAGGCCUGUUUCCAGAGCAGACGCCCCAGAGCGGUCGGAGCCGGCGCCGGCGGUGUGGCGUGGGCCGGGUCGCGGUCGUGAGAGGGGGUUCCCGUCCGCCCUCCGUCCCGGGGCUGUUGGGAAGGGAGGCCGGGCUCCUGCGUCCAAGGGCCGCGCAGGCCCGGGUAGGAAUGCGUGGGCUCCGGUGCGUUCCGGAGGCCCUUCUGCUCGCGGAGUGGUCGAGCGCGCAGAGCCCGAGCCCGGGACGCUGGGGGCUUUCCCGCGGCUCUACUCGCACGUCUGCGUUCGGCGCGCCGGCGUGACACCGGUGGGAGUACGGGCUGAGCGCGGACUGUGCGCCGGGCCUCGCCGGGCCUCUUCUCGUUCCCAGAAUAACCCCUCGCGAGGGUCCCUUGUAUGAUCCGCGCGGGGACUCGCCGGGAGGGGUCUGCCCCCAGGUUGCGCCUCCACCCCACUCUGGAGGCCCUGCGUGUGCUGAGGCCCUGUCUCGCGAGUGACUGUGCCUGGCCUCGGCGCGGUUGGCAAGCGCCCAGUCUCUGUCGGGGAUCAUUUCGGUCACGUGUGUGUUUUAAGAGAAGAGAAGGUUAUGGAGAAGAUAUCAACCUGAAUUCUCCUAACAAAGGUCUGCUGUCCGACUCCAUGACAGAUGUCCCUGUCGACACAACGGUGGCUGCCCAGACUCCUGCUGUCGAGGGUCUGACUGAGGCUGAGGAGGAGGAGCUUAGGGCUGAGCUUGCAAAGGUGGAAGAGGAAAUUGUCACUCUGCGCCAGGUCCUGGCAGCCAAGGAGAGGCACUGUGCAGAGCUGAAAAGGAAGCUGGGCCUCUCUGCCUUGGAGGGCCUGAAGCAGAACCUGUCCAGGAGCUGGCAUGACGUGCAAGUCUCUAACGCCUAUGUGAAAACUUCUGAGAAACUUGGAGAGUGGAAUGAGAAAGUGACCCAGUCAGACCUCUACAAGAAGACUCAAGAAACUCUCUCCCAGGCGGGACAGAAGACGUCGGCUGCCCUGUCCACCGUGGGCUCCGCCAUUAGCAGAAAGCUCGGGGACAUGAGGAAUUCUGCCACCUUCAAGUCGUUUGAAGACCGAGUUGGGAACAUAAAGUCUAAGGUUGUAGGUGGCAGAGAGAAUGGCACUGAGAACCUGCCCUCCCCGACCGGGAGUGGCGCCAAGCCCCUGCCCGAUCACACGCCUUUCUAAGCCCAUCCCAGCUUUGCCCUGCCAUGGAGAAGUGCAAGCCCGCCCUCAUCGUCACAGCCGCGACGCUGUAGCGGAGCAGCCCGUCAGACCUUGGGUGGAUGCACCGAGCUGGCUUUGAGGAGGGUCCUGUCAUUCCCAUGUAUACGUGGCUGCUGUGUUCGCAUGAGUUCUACAGAACGCGGUCUUGUACGCAGAUGCUUUCCACUGAAGUUGGUAGAUGCAGACCACUGUGCCGUCCUUCCUGGGGUGCAGGGAGUAGACAGGACAGUGGGCCCUUUGGCGGUCUUGUUAGUUCGCGAGAACAUGGAAGGAACGGGAGAGUGAUAAGCAUAAAAUAAGUGGUAUUUCCUCAGCCUCCCCUUUCGUGAGUUAUAGAAGGAAUCUGCGGAAGAAAGAUUCAUCCAGAAAGUCCUCUGAUCUUCAGUUUUUAUUUCAAAUGCUAAAUGAGAAAACUGUCCAAUUUUUGAAACCCUCCAGCAAGAACCUGGUUAUCAACAGCGCCUAAUUCUUACACUAAUGAUCUAGCUUUAACAAAAGCAAAUUCUUUAUUUUUUAAAUGCAGCGAAUUUUUCGAAAAUUUAAGCCAAGCAAAGCAGCUUUAGUCUCCAUUAGAAAACACUAUUUCUUUGGACUCAAGCUGACAUACAAGCCUUACAUCGCAAUAUGCUUUAUUUGUUUAUAAUGUUUUUUAUAUGAAAAUAAGGGUUCUUCAGUGGGUUUCGAGCGUUAUGUAGACUUCUGCGUCUAGCCCAAAGGGCAGCAUGCUUGGACCCUUGGUGCGUUUUGUUCAGUGGAUGCACUGCAUUCCAGUGUAUGAAGCUUGCUUCUCUCUCCUCAAGGACCGGGGUAGCUCCUGCCAGCCAGGGGGCUCUGGGCCUCUGGGGGUGGAGGUGGGGGUAGGCAGGAGAAGCAGAAGCCAACACCCUCCACAGACGGCUCGGCUCCAACAUGCCCGUUCGCUGCGCCCUGGGGACAAGUGAGAAGCAGAUGGGCCCUGCGUCGGGUCGGCUGGGACUCUGCUUUCGCCUUUUCUCAGGAGCUACAAAGAUCUCAUUCCCAUGCUGAAGCUGCCACACCCCAGCAGCCUUGUGGUCAGGGCCCCACGCAUGGGGUGUGUCUGGAGGGGCAGCUCCGUGCCUUAUUGGCUUCCAGCAGGCCGAGAGCGCACCUGUGCACGCGCAGAGUCCACUCUAGUAGACCGUGGUGUCCUCUGGUAAGCCGAGUGUCCGCUGGUCACUUCAGACGCCCUGGGUGGACUGCGGUCUGUGCUGGCGCCAUGGGAAGAACAGCAUUUGGUGUUUUCUCUUCAGGGUUAGAAUCACGGAUGGGGUGUGGUGAGAAAGCAGGACGCAAGUGUAGUAACUGAUUCAUCUUUUCCUUAAAGUGGAUAAUGGGGACUUUGUCAAUAAAGCAUUCCUUUGGGGAAGAACCCA